AUGAAGGAGAGUGGAAUAAACGGCGGCUUGGAAACUCUCAAACCGCCUCAUCAGAUUCUUGCAGUCGCAACUUCACCCCUCACCACCACAACCACCGCAAUCAUGGACGCCAAAACUACCACCACCAUCACCAGUGCCGUCCCCCCAAGCGAGCAGACCACAAAAUGGAACACCAAAAACCUCCCCUUCCGCCUCGGCGCCGACCUCAUCUCCGCCGCCUCAGCAGCCGUCCUCGUAGCACCCAUCAUCUCAGUCAUUGACCGGUAUUUCUCCCCCCUUUUUCCCCCCGUUAUCUCACCCUCGAGAUCACUAACAUCCUCCAGAUCAAUAAUGGAAAACGCCUCAGGCCGCUCCCCCCUCCUAACCUCCCUCCGCACCUCCCUCACCACCUUCCUCACCUCCCCCAAAACAAUGUUCCUCUCCAAACCCUUCGGCCUCAUCUUCGCCCUCUACGGCGGCACCUACCUCACAGCCAACACCCUAGACACCUACCUCUCAACAACGCAAUCCCUGCCCCCCACAUACGUCUCCUCCGGCCCAGAAAAGUUCAUCGCCUCCUCCACAGCAAACAUAGGAAUCUGCAUCUACAAAGACCAAGUUUUUGUCCGCCUGUUUGGUCCCCCAGGCAUCACCCGCCCUGUCACCCUCCCGUCGUACGCGCUGUUUGCGAUGAGGGAUUGCAUGACGAUUUUCGCGUCGUUUAAUGUGCCGGGGCUGCUGGGGCCGAGGAUACAGGAGAGGCUGAGCGAGGGGUGGAGGAGGUCGGGGCCGACGGGGGCGACGAUGGCGCAGUUUGCCGCUCCGGCGGCGGUACAGGUUUUUAGCACGCCGGUGCACCUUUGGGGGUUGGACAUUUACAACAGGCCGGGGGUGGGGGUGGGG